CUUCUUGGCUCUCUGCUUGCGCUAGCUGGGAAGUCACUAGUCACUCAUCGCAGGCUGCCGUCGGAUGGCCGUACUCGACGUGCUCUGGGAUAUCUAUGAUCGACUGCGCCAAUGGAUCGAGGAGGAGGCGAACUUCUUCCGCCUGCACCUCCUCUACUUCACCUUCGUGCCGCUCAUUGCGGCUGGUAUCUUCUAUGGAGUGAACGGUGAAUUCCACAUACCCUUCAUCGACUGCGUGUUUCUGUGCUAUUCAGCACUGACCGUGACGGGGCUGGCGACCGUCAACCUGAGCACUCUCACGGUCUUCCAGCAGGUCAUACUCCUAGUCCUCAUGGUCAUGGGUGACAUCACCAUCGUCGCCUGGGUCAUGGUUCUGGUCCGCUUGCGCUACUUCCGACAGCACAUCAUCCAGAGACACCGGGAGAAGACCGUGCUCCAGUCGAUGCGCGACCGCGUAUCGAAACUCGUGGCAGGCGUGGGCCGUUCUGUUCCACUAUGGCAUCCCGAGGCAGGCGCGUCGGAGAAGCACGCGCAACACGGCAGCCGCGGCAUCCAGGCGUCCGAUGGAAUCGGAGCCGCCCUAGCCGGCGGCGCUACCACUGGCGUCGGGCUCGGUAUUGCCCUCGGCACGGGAGACAGCGAUGAGGGAGGCCCAGAUGCGAAUGCGAAGGAGCACAAGCUGACGCAGUCGCGCUCGAGCUCGCGUAUCCGUAUCGACGUCGAGUCGCCGUUGCGCGUGUCGCCCUCGGAGGACCCGACGAUGUACACCGGCGAGUCGGGUGAGCGGGGGAAAGUUAUCGCGGACGCGCAGUCGUUCACGUCGUCGCCGCGCUCGGGAGCUAUGCCGUUGCCACAGUCGCCGACGUCCAUGGGGAGCGGGCGUGUGCAGUGGGGCGCGCCCUAUAUGCAGUCUAUUGGUGAUGUGGGCACUGUUCGGCGGCGUCCAGGUGUACCCGUGCCGCGUCGCCGCACCAUCAUCGUUCCACCGAAGCAGUAUGACCAGCCUUCGGGCCCAGCAACACUAGGGCAGCGCAAUAAAGACCAGGGUCUUGGCGGCUUCCCUGGCCCGGUGUCUCUGGCCAAGCGGUUCCUUCAAUGGUACUCCCCGAAGCUAUACAGUCGCCUCACAAAGAUGACCGUCCGGGAACGCGCGGCGUCUAAGGAGUUGAGGUGGCUUGGCGAUAACCUGAAAGACUUGGUGAUUGGCCGAAAUAGUGACUUCCAUACGGAAGAGUUAUCGGACGAGCAGCUUGAGGAGCUCGGUGGAAUCGAAUACCACGCGUUGCGGCUUCUAAGCUAUAUCGUCAUACUGUACUUCAUCGGGACGCAGAUGCUCUCUUUCAUCUUGAUCGCUCCUUGGUUAUCGACAGGUCAUACCUACGACGGCGUAUUCGCGGCUCAGCCCCGGCUUGUGAAUAAAUCAUGGUUCACACUUUUCCAGAUCGUCGGGGCCUAUACGGGGGGCGGAAUGAGUUUAGUCGAUCAGGGCAUGGUUCCUUUCCAAAAGGCGUAUCUAAUGAUAUUUGCACUCCUUUUCGCCAUCCUCGCUGGAAACCAUGGUUUGCCAAUCUUCUUGCGUUUCGUGAUUUGGCUGUAUACGAAGUUUGUCAAAGCGGGCUCAGCGAGAGACCUUGCGCUUGAUUUCUUACUCGACCAUCCCCGUCGCUGCUUCCUCUAUCUCUUCCCGUCCCAUGUGACGUGGUACCUUGUCGCUACACUGGUGUUCUUCACCAUCUCGGAGUUGAUAUGCUUCAUUGUGCUCGACAUUGGACUGGAUGUUACGGAGUCGCUUCCGCCCUGGACGAGGGUUGUAGCCGGACUGUUCCAGUCGUUCGCCGUUCGUGCCUCUGGGUUCCCGAUCGUCUCGAUUGCUUCGCUUGCGCCGUCCUUCCAGUUCUUGUGCAUCAUUAUGAUGUACAUCGCCAUCUAUCCAGUCGCAUUGAGUAUUCGCUCUACCAACGUGUACGAAGAGAAGAGUCUAGGCGUUUUCGAAGCUGCGCCAGAGGACGAAGAGGAGGAGCCGAACCUCGACGAGAAGCAGCCGCGUCGCGAACGUAUCGGCAAGUACUUUGGCUGGCACUUGCGGCGGCAGCUUGCGUUCGACAUUUGGUGGCUCGUAUUCGCCAUCUUCGCGAUUUGCAUUAUCGAGCGCUCGAAGAUCAUGGAUGACUCAAAUGCACCGUGGUUCAACAUCUUCCGUAUAGUGUUCGAGCUCGUGUCAGCCUUCGGUGGCAUUGGCUUGACGCUGGGUAUUCCGACCGAAAACUUCGGCUUCUCUGGGGCUUUCGGACCAGUAUCGAAGAUAGUCGUGAUCAUCAUCAUGGUUCGCGGGCGCCAUCGUGGGCUUCCCGUUGCCAUUGACCGCGCUAUUCUCCUGCCGGAAGACCUCAAACCUAACAAGCCCUCGGGUCAAACCGAGCAAGGUGUAGAGCUCACGCAGCCCGAACCCAUAGACCCGUCGGAAAAGAAGAUUCAACAAGUUUAACACCUAGACCGGACUUUCGCUUACUUAUGACAUACCUGGUAAUAACCUAUACCCGUUUGUAAUCAUUCCUAGGAAUGCGGAUGGAUCCUCAUGUAUUUAGCACGGC